AUGGCGUCGUGGAACUCAACUCCGAUGGAAGUGGCAUACGAAGUUCUGGGAUGGAUAGCUUUCGUGUCUUGGUCUUUCAGCUUCUACCCUCAAGUCAUCUUGAAUUUCCAGAGAAAGAGUGUUGUAGGGCUGAACUUCGAUUUCGUGGUACUGAAUUUGACAAAGCACUCUUCAUAUCUUAUAUACAAUGCCACUCUCUACUUUAGCUCUGCAGUUCAAAAGCAAUACUUCCACAAGUAUGGCUCCAAACAGAUGAUACCGGUGGCAGCGAAUGAUGUGGCAUUUUCUACUCAUGCUGUGUUAUUGACUGCACUGACCCUAAUUCAAAUUGCAAUCUAUGAACGUGGAAAUCAGAAGGUGUCGAAGAUUUCCAUUGGAAUCGUUGUUGCUGUGUGGCUAGGUGCUGCAGUUUGCUUUUUCAUAGCUUUGUCAAACCAUUCUUGGCUUUGGCUCAUUUCCGUUUUCAACUUAAUUCAAGUAUGUAUGACAGUCAUCAAAUACAUUCCCCAGGCAGUCUUGAACUUCAUGCGGAAGAGCACAGAUGGGUUCAGCAUUGGCAACAUUUUACUUGAUUUUACCGGAGGCCUCACUAAUUAUGCACAAAUGGCUGUGCAGUCUAUAGAUCAACAUUCUUGGGUGAACUUCUAUGGAAAUAUAGGGAAGACACUUCUCUCUUUGAUCUCGAUACUCUUCGACGUUCUAUUCAUGUGUCAACAUUUCCUACUGUAUCCUGCCAAGAAGCCACAGCAGAUACUGGAUAACAACAAUUCCAGUGAGGAAAGCACAGGGGCUAAUGGCAAAUCUCCUGAUCAUCAUCAGCCAGUACAGCCGGAGGUUGUAUGA